AGCAACUUGAGUUCAAGAUUAUUCUCCUUUAUUUCAUUGGAAUUCCAGAUUAUUCUCCUUUAGGAUUAUUUAGUCACUCUUAGCCUCUCUCCCAAGCUUGCUGUAUAUAUAUCAGUACAUGCUUCCUACCUUGGUGGUUUACCACAGACUCCCCAACAUGAUCUACAACAGGGAGAUCACUCACGCCAGCCACCCACAGCACAAGCUGAAGUUUGAAUACAAGGAAGUGCCCUUCAAGUGUGAUGGCUGCAAGGAGUCGGGGAUCGGCGGCCGAUACAAAUGUGAGUACUGUGAUUUUGACCUCCAUAAAUACUGUGCACUUCCCAAUCAAUCCGUUUCGCACCCCUUCUAUCCCAAUUGCAACUUCCAGUUCUUCACUAAAGCACCAGGCAGCGGCAUGCGCUACUGCAAUGCCUGCGGCAAGGAUAUCCUAGGCUUUUUAUAUCACUGCAAGUUGUGUGGCUUUGACCUGCACCCAUGCUGCUACAACCUUCCGCAUGUGCUCAACGACGGCGAGGUCAAGCUCCACCUGUACAAGAAGGUCUCGUCCCCAUGCUGCCGGUGCGGCCGCAAGGGGCUGAGUUGGUCAUACAGGAGUGCCUGCAAGAAGUAUCAUCUGCACGUUUCAUGUGCCAAGGAGAUGUUGGCUGAGAAUUGGCAAGAGUUGCAUCAUGCCAGCACCGGCAAGAAGAGCAGCACAGAGCUCUACAGUAGGAUUCCCACUCUGAAGGGCACAGUUCAAAAUUACAACAAGAACAGUAAAGGAGGGAAGGUGAGGGUGGCUGGGGUAGCCCUUCAGUCUGUUAUCUCAGCCAUUCUGGGAGAGCCGACGGCUCUCAUCGCCGGAGUGGUUGGAAAUUUGAUGACAAAGUGAUAACAUCGUUUUAGGCCCUUCAAGGGGCGUUUGGUUAUAUAAAUAUGUCUCAAUCUUUGAGACAAAUUCAUGAAACAAUGUUCUGAAAAAUAUAGUGCUUUAUUUUACCAAACGCUCCUUUAGUUCAUGUUUGCGACGGGGAGCAUGUACAGAUGGCGGCUGUUGUAGACAUGCUGUAUAUUUAAAAUCAAAGUCAAGAACAGCAUCUGGUUCUAUAUGCAUGUAGCUGUGGCCACUUGAAAAAGUCUUUCUUUUAGCAUCUGCCCACUUUUGAGAUAUAAACACUUGGAAAGAAGGCAUCUCUUUCUCAUGGGUAGUUCAACCAGUCGAGUGGGGUGGCGUGUAGUAACUACGUCCUCUAUGUUGUUUCAUGGGUAGCGUAACCAGUCGGGAAGCGUGUAGUAACCACGUCCUUAAUUAGAUUCUUGGAGGAUGCUAUCUGAAAUAGUAUUGUGGAUUGUUGAUAUGAAAUUAAGAGUGCCCUUACAGAUCUCUCUCGUCAUGCACACGAUAGCAAAGGACACAGCAAGAGAUGC